AUGCACUCCUGCAGGUGCCCGAGCACCCGCAAUGUCCAUUGCGUCAUUGAUCACCUCUCCAGUCCGUCUUUCACUUCAUCUUCACGUUUAAAGCCUCCUCGAACCCAAGCCCUCCGACAGCUUUCGUCUACGUCAAAUCAUUGCUACAACGCCCCGUCGAUUAUAGCACCAGUUUUCCGAAGAAGAUCGCUCCAUAGCCCGCCAUCUCCAACGCCAGCUGCAAGCCACUCCGGCUCAUCCACAUCAAUUACUACCCGCACCAUGUCCUCAGACGACGCCUACAUGUCCUUUUUGAACAAGGCAAAUGCAGAUCUUGAUAACGGGCGAUCGCAACCAGCAGCCCAACAAUCCUCCGCCGCCCGCACAGAAACCGUGGACGUCAACGUCAAGGUUCCUACCCCGCUCACCUCUGUUGACGCAUACUACGUCUCCGACACAGACGAGCCGUUCGAACCUGUUGCAUUGAAGUGGGAGGGCGCUGGGAGGGGAGUAUGGCCUGACGCUUCGCACUUCUCGAAACUCAUUUCAACGGAUAAAGACCUCUCAUCGUCCAUCGAGACACUAUCGGCUACAUCGUUCGACCCAAAGAACCAGUAUGCCUCUGCGUUGAAGGCGGUGCGUGCCGCGGCUGCCCAGGGCUCUGGCGGGGAUGAGUCUGCGGUUGAGGUGAAGGUUUAUCGGGUGGAGACUGGGAAGUCGAGGUUCGAGUAUUAUGUUACGGCGUUGGAUGCGGGGGGACAUUUAAUUGUUGGGCUGAGGGCUAAAGCUAUUGAAAGUUGA